GCCGCGCGGAGCCGCCGCCUCCCUCGCCAGGCACCGACCCGCCGCCGCCCCGGUCGCUGCUGCCCGGGAGAUGCCGCUCGGCGCGCGGGGACCUGGGGCUCCGCUGCGCACCGGCCCCCGCCGCAGGGACCCGUGAGCACGUUCAGAAGUUGCCACGGAGACCCUGACGGCUCUUGCCUCCGACUCUGAGGGCCAGCAAAGUUCGUGAAGUAACCGCCCCAGGCCCAGACCCACAGUGCCCUCAGUGAGAGGUGCCCCUCCUUGGAGGCAGGUCUGAUCGGAGCGGAUUUGCUGUCUGGAUCCAGACAAACUAAUCUGGGUGCAGAAUUGUCCUCUGGCACCUCAUCAAGCAAAUAGUCAACAGAAUUCCAAGUCAUUGAUCUGCUGCAGCCUCAGGACACAGAGAACCCAGGGAGGCAGAGUUUGAAAACAAAAGAGUCCAGUGUGAGCACCACAGGGGAAACUUGGCUGAAUAAAAGAGAAGUCAGGAUGCUGGGUUGGGGAGAUUGCCAUCGAUUCCACGGCUCCGUAAUGCCCUGCCUUGAACAGAGGGAGCAGCAGGAGAGCCCGGGCCAGGCAAGGCACAAACCGAGUUGGGAACAGCAAGGACACCCAAGAGGAUUUAUUUUUGGUCCCUCCCCCUGUUUUUAAUAUCGAAUCAGCUCCCCUCACCCCCACCCUUCCUCUCUCUGUGACUCGUGCUUGGGAUCUGGGGGCUCGCUCCUUUUCCCUUCCCAAGUUGGAAUCCUUUCUCCGACCCUCGCACCACGAGCAGCUGAGCACCAGCACGAUGGACACUGAUGGCCAGCUCUGACGUGCAUGGCGGCCUGUGGCGAGUGACCGCGCUGUGCCGGCGAGGGACCCGAGCCGAUAGGGCACUGCUGCCAAGCCACCCACCAGCACAAAGCCCAGAGAAAUCCCGGGGACAGAGACUGCGAGGGAGCACAGUGCGGGGCACCUCAGCCAGCUGCACGGGGAGCGGAAGGGGAACCCCACACCCUCUCAUUGCGCUGCUAGGCCAGCUCACCCGAUUGCUCCUCUCUGGUGCUGCGCAUCCCCGCUGCCGACAUGAUGAUGUAUUUCUGGGGUAAUCAGGACGCCACGGCUCCUCCUGAAGCAAUGGCUCAGCCCUACCCCCCAGCCCAGUAUCCUCCGCCUCCCCAGAAUGGAAUCCCUGCAGAGUACGCACCCCCGCACCCCCACCCCACACAGGACUACUCGGGGCAGAGCACGGUACCGGAGCACGCCAUGACCCUCUACACACCAGCACAGAGCCACGCCGAGCAGCCGGGCGCUGACGCCAGCACGCAGUCCAUAGCGGGGACGCAGACGGUAUCGGUAAGAGCCCCCGUGGAGCCCCGGGUGGGCAGCAGGGCCUUUCAGCAGACAGAUGAAGCUGCGCAGACAGAGAGCCAACAGCUCCAUUCUUCCGAGAACACAGACAAGCAGCAGCCCAAGAGGUUACACGUCUCCAACAUUCCCUUCCGGUUCCGGGAUCCAGAUCUGCGGCAAAUGUUCGGGCAAUUUGGGAAGAUCCUCGACGUGGAGAUUAUUUUCAAUGAGCGGGGCUCCAAGGGUUUUGGGUUUGUAACUUUUGAAACUAGCACAGAUGCCGACCGGGCACGAGAGAAGCUGAAUGGCACAAUCGUAGAGGGACGGAAAAUUGAGGUGAAUAACGCCACAGCCCGAGUCAUGACGAACAAAAAGGCUGCAAAUCCCUACAUCAAUGGCUGGAAGCUGAACCCGGUGGUGGGAGCUGUCUACAGUCCUGAAUUCUAUGCAGUAACAGGGUUCCCGUACCCAGCCACGGGGACUGCCGUGGCAUACCGAGGGGCGCACCUAAGGGGCCGGGGGCGUGCUGUCUACAACACGUUCCGCGCUGCACCCCCGCCUCCACCUAUCCCCACCUACGGCGCGGUCGUUUAUCAGGAUGGAUUCUAUGGCGCUGAAAUUUACGGGGGUUACGCAGCCUACAGAUACGCCCAGCCAGCGGCAGCGACAGCAUACAGUGACAGCUACGGCAGAGUGUACACAGCCGCAGACCCGUACCACCACACCAUCGGCCCUGCUGCCACGUACAGCAUCGGCACUAUGGCUAGUCUAUACCGAGGAGGGUACAGCCGCUUCACUCCCUACUAGCAAGACACCCAGCCCCUCCCAACACUAACACUGACUGCUCACUAGAAACCAAACAAACCAAACUAAGCAAAGGCAGAGCCUCUCGGAAGAACAUGGUGCCCCUGCCAGGGGCCAGGGCUCCGCCCGGCUCAGCGUGGCACCUAGAACCAUAGGUCUUUACCUCAAGCUGCUCUCAUCCCGCGUCUCAUGUCUCUUUGCUCACCCACCUCUGUCUGUGACCUGCCCUGGCUGAACUGACUGUGUUGCAAAGCAGGCAGCCUGGCCACUGCCCUGCUGCAGGGCUGGGGCGGGUCCUGCUCUCCCUAGACCUACAACCAGCAGCAAACCCCGGGAGAGAGCCCAGGCUAAGCCCCCUCCUCUGCCCCUGCUGCCAGGAACCCGUGAAGUCCAAAGGCCAGGGCGUUCCAAGAGAGCUGCCUUCCUGCGCAGAGCCGCGCCUGGGCCUGGCACAGUCUUCCACUGCCCCAGCUCCCUCCAGCAUCUCUGCGGCAGACAAGCCCGCUCCUGCUAGGCCGGGCUUGUUCUUCUUGUGCAGGCGCCUGACCACGGCCAGGGCCCCGGGCGGGGCGCUGCUCACACAAGGGAAAGGAGCGGAGGGUUUGUCCCUUAGGAUAAUGGGUUGCCUGGCAAAAUGGGCCGGGAACCCCGCCUGUCUCAGGAGCUGUGGGCAAGGCGGAGCAUGCAGGGUAGCUAGCACUAGCAGGGAUAGCUGAGACUGGGGGGCAAUGAGUGUGGCCCCACCCCAAGACUACCCUGGGGAAUAGCACCUGCCAUCCCUCUGCACAGCCUCUGGCCAAGUCUUGGAACCCCCCAUGUGCGCCUGGCUCUGGGGAGCAGCAGCCCCUCUACUCAGGUGCACAUCAUCGUCAUAACAUCCAGGGGAGGGGUGGCCUGUGUUUCAGGCCAUGGGAUGCCAGCCGGGGUUAGCUUUUCGUCCCUGGCCCAGCCACCCCCAUCCCUUCAGUCACUAUGGGGGAGAGAGAGACUGGAGUCGAGCCAGACUGCUCUGUGGGCCAGGCGAGGGGCAAGGACAAAGGCCGCCUCGUGAGAGAAGAGCCUGUGGGGUGCAGGCCCAGCCAGGGGGUGGACUCGUCCAUCUGCCUGGGCAUUUCUGGGGGGACAACAGGACCCGCUACACAAUCCUGGAGCCGCUUUGGAAGGAACUAAUGCGUCAGCCCCACCCCACCUCCCCCUGGUGUUUGCUGAGCGGCCCCCAGCACUGGCAGUCCAUGCGUGGCUGAGCUGGGCCCUGGGGCGGGGGUGGAGUCCAGCGUCCCUGCCUGCCUGCCUGCGCCCCGUGCCCUGCUGCUGGGCUGGCCCUGGGCGCUGCUCUCUGCCCCCAGGUGGCUGCAGGUGGCUCCAGUGAAAGUUCUGCCUCUGUUUGUG